AGCACCUGUAAUUUUCUAUUUUCAUUCAUGACAUAGGAUAAUUUUCAGUGCAUGGGAAGAUGUAAACAAAGGCAUAUCUUACAGUUUACUCACUGCAUGUCAUCGCUGGUGCGUAAUUGAAUGAUGGAUUGUCGACAGAUGGAUACAAGCAGUUGGACAACAAGCUAAUAGAUCAGACAUUACCUGCAAGAGCCAAGACAGGUGAAACAAACAGCUGUUGACAAUGGAGAGCCAGCCAGAGGACCAGCCAUCAGUAGUUAUUCCUAUAGAUCUCUUCACUGAAGCCCUGAAAAACAAUGAUUCAGCACAAGCAAUAUCCUAUCUGUCAGACCCAGUGUUCAGACUGAAUGUAUCCCUGGGAGAAUGUCUCGUUGAAUGUGCCAAAUAUGGCAACCUGAUUGCCCUCGACUUCAUCCUCAACCUCCACAAUCGAAUCCAUCAAUGUAUCAGUUACACCGACGAGAGCAACAAGCGCGCUCUGCACCACGCAGCCAUGCACGGACCCCUGGAGUGUGUGGUGCGACUUGUCCGCGCGGGCUCGACAGUCAACUGCUGUGACAGUGAGGGCUACACACCCCUGCUGUGUGCCUGUCAGGGGGGCAGGGCCGAUAUUGUGCAGUACCUUGUCAAAGAAGGGGCUCACAUUAAUUCCUCUCGGUCAUAUAAAUUUGGGGAGACUGCUCUGCAUAUAGCAGCUAAACAUGGCCAUGCAGAGACUGUGGCCAUCCUGCUUGACGGCCGUGCAGACAUAAAUGCCACAACCAGGAAUGUUGAUGGUAAUGGGGGAUAUACGGCUCUACACAAAGCGGCAAACGGCGGACACACGCGAGUUAUUGAAAUUCUGUGUAUGAGGGGUGCCAUAUUGGAUCUGAAAGAUUCCAUGGGUAAAACUCCAUUGCAUUUUUCAGCUGAGAAGGGAGACAUUCUCAGUGUGGAGAUUUUCAACAAAUGUGGAGCACCGAUCAAUCUUCAGGACGAGCGGGGUAAGACGCCACUGGCCCUAGCUGUUCGAGAAGGCUACCCAGAGGUUGUCAAACACCUUAUACGGUGUGGCUCAGAUAUUAAUAUGAGUGAUACAAGAAGCCUGUCACCUUUGCAUUCAGCAAUAGCGGUACUGAAUUACGAGAUCGCCGAGUCUCUGCUACAAGCCGGCGCCGUCAUCAACUGUCAGACCAAUGACACACAGGAGUCGCCGCUGAUGGUGGCCCUCAGCAUGGGUCGGCCUGACCUGGUGCAACUCAUGCUGAAUAACGGGGCCGACGUGAAUCUCUGUGACUUCAAGUGCUACUCUCCUCUACACCGGUCUCAGACAAUUGGAUACCCUGAUACUGUGAAGGAGGAGUUGACGGAGCUACUGUUGCAGGCCGGAGGGAAGCUGAACGCCAGAGAUCACCAGGGACACAUUCCACUUCAUCGUAGCAUCUUCACGGGCUCCAUCCGGGGCAGGCAGUGUACGCCCUGCAUCCGGCUCCUGGUGGAGGCGGGCUCCAAGCUGAAGCAAGACACUUUCGCUCAUACAAGAACUUCGCCAUUGUACUGGUUAUGUUCCAAGGGAGAUCUGAACAUCGCUAGAUACCUCGUCCAGUGUGGAUGGGAACUACAGUCCGAAUCCUGGAUCCGAUUUUCGGGGAAAACUCCGGAGCAGACCCACUUGCAUCGCCUGUUCCAGAUCCUGAACAAGUCCGUGCACUCCCUGAAGAUCCUGUGUCGAGCAGUGGUGAGGGAAACAGUAUCAUUGGCAGUGGAGGACGCGGAAAUAGUAUCUCCCAUCACUAGCCUCCCCUUACCUCAGGCGGUCAAGAACUUUCUCUGUUUGAGAACCUGUGAGGUUUCGGAGGAUGAUGUGUUGAUGAUGGAAAGUCAUUAGUGAGAACAUUGUAAAUGUUUAUGUCACAAUCUCAUCAAAAUCAGGUGUUUUAGUCGAUACAACACUGCUUGGAUAAUUUGAGGACAUUAUUUUGUCCAGAGUAGGUCUUGUUAGGUGAGCAGCCUCAUCAGUUAAUCAGCACUGAGUCUUCUAAAUUCUCGGUACUAAUAAUUCAGGCAAUUUUAUCUGAUUUCUGUAUCUCUAGAACAAAUAAAAUGGCCAGUUCUGAAUGUAAAUAACGAAAGCUGCACCAUGCUUUCAUGGGGGAUGUUUUAUACAUUCAGUCGUUCAACCAACCGACCAGGUGUUCCUUAUGUUUUAGAAAGCUGACAUCUGAUUAGCUCAAGAUCUCAUUUAGCUUGGGGGUCAAAAGUCUCUCGGAGUUCACAUGGCGUUACUUUCCGUGGAGCUGUUGUUGCCAGAUUUAGACACAGGUAUCACUUGGGAUUAAAAAUCUGAUUCUAAUGAGAUUGUCUUUGUACUAACCUAUAAUCAAACCAUGCUGAAUGCUUCCAGUAGUAUUUAUUUGUGUCCCAGAUAUCGGCAUGUUAGUGCAUCGUCGUAGUUGUGUUAUAUGCUAUGGGUAAGGGAAUUGCACAGAAGAGCAUUUCCCAUGAUCACCGUAGUAAGCGCCCUGCUCCAAUAAGCGCUGCGUGACCAAGCUGUAAGUAAUCUUUGUAAGCAUGUUAACGCUCCCUAAAGAUUAUUUAGAGAAAACAAUUGCCAAGUUAGUGUAUUUUUAUUGAUGUUUGUAAGUUUGUUCACUACCACUCAAUCUGUGACAACAGGUUUAACUUGUGUAUGGUUUUAAUAAGCGGUCACUUAUUACAGCAAGUAUGGUGCAUUUAGUUAAAUGUAUGUAAGAAUGUUGAACUGAUUCAAAUCAAGGGAAUCAGCAUCCAUUACUAAAUGUGAAAUACGUCCAGACUGUUUUAUUGAGAACUUAUAUUAUUUGAUAUUUUUGACAUCAGUGUCUAUAAGAAAGAAAAUAUUUUGAACAAAUUGCCCAUUUAUCAUCAGAAUUUUUAACAGAACAUCUUUGAGAUGACACAGUGACAAUGUUUACAGGGCACUUCUUGUCCUUGCACCUUAUAAAGGGGCAGGGGCAGGGACGGGGUCGGUGGGUAGGUUAGUAGUUAAAGCGUUCUCUUCUCACUCCAAAGUCCUGGGUUCGAUUCUUCACAUUGGUACAAUGUGUGAAGCCCUUUCUGGUG